AUGGCGCUAUCUCCGAGAGCCCAAACAUCUUCAACUCGUAGCUCUUCUCGCCAGUCCAACCGUCAUCGUGAAGUGUACCAGGGAGAGAGCUCCUUUAUACUGUCAGUCCAAGAGCAGAAUGCAGAGUCCCUCCUACGUUGCUCCCGAUACAUGCGAAUGAUAGCAGAUGAAAUGGACCCCCAAUCUUCGCUUAAGCGAGCCAAGAAAGCAUGCACAGAGUGCAGACAGCAAAAGCACAAAUGUGAUGCGUAUUUGAACCCCGAGCAGCCGUGCACAAGAUGCCGAAAGUCCCAGAUUAAAUGUGUCAUCUCGGACCCUUUUCGAAGGGAGCAUAAACGCCAGCGUCGAGCCGAACUGGAACAUGAGGCGAAUGAGCUCCGCCGACAGUUACAGGCUGCACAGGCCCCUGCACAGGCCCCAAACCAUCAUGCUUCCCCUAUAGCCAUGCUCACAGCUGCAGCAGAGAUGGGAGUGCACUCUGCAAGCAGCGAGGUUGCAUUACGUCUGCCUGCCCCUUCAGCUCCUGCUCUUCCUACUCCGCCGACUCCUGGUCCUUCUCCUUGUGCGGCUGCUCUUCCUGUUCCAUCAUAUGCCCAGCAGCUGCUAUCCUCAGCAGGUUUAGAAGAGCCUUUAGCCAAGGUGGAUAUCGAGCCGGACGAUCAUCGCCUAGAGCCGACCGUACCUCGCACCUUGAAUAACGUGACAAUAAAAGCAGCGGAGAUCGAUGAUCUGUUCCAAGUGUUCUUCCGUGAAUACUCGCAGUUCCUUCCCAUCCUCGACAUCGGACUGACCCCCAACGCAUACUACUCACAAUCUCCUUUUCUGUUCUGGGCUGUUAUUGGGGUUGCGUGCAGGUCUUACCCGAAAAAUCCAACUCUACUGACGGCUCUCUCUCGGGGCAUUGUUGAGAUGGCUUUACUCUCGGCCUUGUCAACCACACCAUGGCACACUGUUCAAGGACUGCUGCUGCUUCUCACCUGGCCCUUUGCAAAGGACAAAACCCGGUCAGAUGUGAUGUUCACCUUGAGCGGCAUGAUGCUCCAUAUUGCCAUGCAGAACGGCACGCACAUACCCAUGUCCAGCCAUGAGUUUUCUAGAUUUAAAACCCCCGCGCCGUCCGAAACUGAUAUGGUUCGGCGAUCGGAGCUCUGGGCACAUUGCGUGAUUGCUUAUCAGAAGUAA